AUGGCACCUAAGAGACCUCUUGAAUCGGAUACUGUGGCCACACCGGCAGCAAAAAAGCUUCGCAAAGGCUUCCGAGUAGGCCCGGAAAACUUACCUGAUGGUCCUUGGAGGAGAAAAGUUGAUAAAAUAAAGAAGGAUCUCAUUCAUAAAGCAAAGGUCAAAAAGGCAUAUAAGAAGAUAAAAGCUGCAGAGCAAGCAUCUUCUAAACCUAACACUACUCUCGCCACUGAGGAUGCAAACGCAAAUGCAGAUGUAGACGUAGAGACAGAGCCAGAGCCACCAUCACCUCAACUCCAUCCCGAGAGGCAGGCUAUGCUAGACGUAGACGAGGAGCAAGCAGACCUUUCCUCUCCGCCUCCGCCAGGAGACCGCCCCCCACGCCAGCGGAAACAGAAAGUCCGCAAACCCGGCUACUUCGACAAAGCGGUAGCUGACGGGGACCGCAAAAAGGCGGAGGCUGAAGCGCGUGCCCAGGAGAUUGCGAGACAGAAUGCGGAGCGUGAGAAUAAGAUCGCAGAGCGCGAAAAGUUUAGGAAAGCCAUGGCGAAGGCACGGACGCCAGGCCGAGAUGGCCAGCGAAAACUAGGUCGCGAGAGCGGGUUACUACUCGAGAAAGUGAAGAAAAUGGUCGGAGGUGCGAAGUGA